AUGGGUGCUAUUCGAAAAUUUCCCCACCCCGAUCGACGACAAAGCUUUCGAAGUCGACUGCAGCGUGCGUUAUCCUUGUCAUCCUCCGAGUCCGAAGGUCACCGAAGCCCGUCAAGAUCAGCUGCAGAUGAUACCACAGAAGAAGAAGAGUACCAUCAGGAAGAGAACGACUUCCCCAGUCACCAGCGAGGGGACAGCCCGGUGGGUAGUAUCGAGGAAGAUGCGCCACACGACUGGAAUACGGGGCGAGAUCUACAAAAGGAGCUGGAGAUACCGCGACAGAGUGAUGUCUCUGGGAACUGCAACAUGAUCGCCUUCCAAUGCAUCGCAGAACUCGACACCCGAAUGAAGUCAGUCAUGCUGCCUUCGGAAGCCAAAUAUAUCGCUAAUAUCAUUUUCAGGUCUCUGCAGAAUUCACUGAGCAACCAAACCAACUGGAAUGAAACUAUCCGCAGUGAUCUGGAAGAGAUUCGAAGUCGGUUGGCGGUUGUGGAGGCAGCUAUAGAGAUGACGGCCAAAGAGGAGAAGAACACUACGGUAGAGGGUAAAACGACCGGACGAAGGCGUCGUUCCUAG